AUGAGUUCUCGAAAAGGAAAGGUAAAUGUAAGGAUUGGUGGAGUGACAGGAUUCGAAGAAGAAGAUACAGAGAAGAUUGGUGGAGUGCCAGGAAAAGCAGCGGAUUCAGAGAAGAUUGGGACGGCGGGAGGCCCGCCCAGGCCCAGCGUCCAGGGGACGGCGGGGGCCUCCGCCCGCCAGGCGUCCGGGGAGGGCGGGCCUCCCUACGCAAGGCGUCCGGGGGACGGCGGGCCUUCCGCCCGCCAGGCGACCCGGGGACCGGCGGGCCUCCGCCCAGCCAGGCGUCCCGGGGACCGGCGGGCCUCUGCCCGCCAGGCGUCCCGGGGACCGGCGGGCCUCCCUGGCCAGCCAGGCGCCACGUGGGACCGGCGGGCCUACGCCCGCCAGGCGUACCGGGGACGGGCGGGCCUCCGUCCGCCAGGCGUUCCCCGGGGACCGGCUGGGCCUCCGUCCCCCGCCAGGCGUCCCGGGUACCCGGGGGCGGGCCUCCGGGGGGGGCCCUCCAAAGGGACUUCCCUACCGGCGGGGCCUCCACCCGCCCCCCACCCCCACCAAAACCAGGCGUCCCGGGGACCGGUCGGGUCCCUCCGCCCGCCAGGCGUCCCGGGUACCGUCGGGCCACCGCCCGGGCCAGUGGCCGUCCCGGGGCCUCCGGCCCGGCCAGGCCCGGGGUACCCGGGACCGGUGGGCCUACCGCCCCCCGCCAGGGGCGUCCCCGGGGGACCGUCCGGGCCUCCAGCCCGCCAGGCGUCCCCGGGACCAGGCGGGCCUCGGGGGCCCGCCGGUUCCGUCCCGGGGCCGGCGGGCCUCCCGCUUCGCCAGUCCCGGGGUCCCGUAGACCGGUCGGGCCCCUUCCUUCCGCCCUCCUGCCGUCCCCGGGGGGGGGGGGCCGGCGGCCUCCCGGGCCCGCCUGGCGUCCCUGGGGCCGCGCGGGCCUCCUCACCGGCCAGGGCCAGUCCCGGGGACGGGCCCGGGCCUCCCUAA